AUACACCAUAUCUUUUUCUUUUUCUCUCCCUUGCAACAUGGCAUGGUAAGAUUCGCACGUCUAUUCUCUCCGAAAAUUGUGAAUUAUUUUGAUGAGUUUAUUCUCUUGAAGGGAACUAGAUUUUAACAUUCAAUUGUUUACAAAGCUCAUCUCCAUUUAAGAGCACUACAGUUGGUCUUUGAUGUCACUGAUGUGCUGCUCUUCAUCUGUGUGGAUAUGUUUUACACCAUCAAUAAUUCAAAUAUUUGAGCUGCGAAUAGCAUGAAAUCUCCACCUAAAGUUAACUUGUUUCCUUUCAGAUCAAUGAUGAGAGAAGAUGAUCAUAAAUUAAGAGGAAAAGAUUUUCAAGCAAAGGUUGAAGGUGAUACAAGCAAUAGCAAGGUCACUAAGGCACCAUCAAGUUCAAGACAAUGGUCAGCAUUCAAGAAUCCGAGGAUUGUACGCGUCUCGCGUGCCUUUGGAGGAAAAGAUAGGCAUAGUAAGGUUUCCACCAUAAGGGGAUUAAGGGAUCGGCGAAUUAGGCUUUCAGUUCCCACUGCAAUUCAGUUGUAUGAUCUUCAAGAUAGACUCGGUCUAAAUCAGCCUAGCAAGGUUGUAGAUUGGUUGCUCGACGCUACCAAACAUGAAAUCGAUGAGCUUCCACCCCUUCAAAUUCCCCCGGGGUGUUUCACUCAGUUUCAUCAACCGACACUAGUUUCUCAUCAAGAGUUGAAUAAUGCCCCUCAAUCUUCUUUCUCUUCAUUCUUUAGCUCGAUCCCAACAUACAUGAAGGAUGGAGGAACUCAAUCUUUGCUUCCAAAUAAAGAAGGGAUUAAGAUCAAUUACAAUGUGGGGGAUAAUCAAUCGAAAACUUGGGAUUUAGAUGAUACCGCUAUGAGAGCAAAGCUAAAGGAAGUUGAGAGAGAGGCUAAUAUUGUUGAGAAAGCGAAGUGGAUGAGGACAAAUGAACACCAAAAUCAUCAAGAUGGAAGUAGUAGUGCAGGUUACAAUGCACAAGUUUCGGCCCAAAACUUUUUUCCAAUAGCGAGCAAUUCUUCAUUUCCGAGCUUGCUAAACAAUGCCAUGCCAAUGCCAUACAACUACUAUCAAUGGGAGCCAUCAAAUUUAUCGUUGUCUCAAUUCGGAUCGCAUGGACUUCUCCCCCAAACAGAAGGCGCCAAUACUGGCCAUUUGAUGCCAUUGCCAUCUUCGUUAGCUCUCCCAUCCAGGUCCCAGUUAUUUCUCUACCCGCCUGCAUCGACACCAUCAAUUUUCCCUUCAUACCCUCCAUACAUCACUUUGGGAGAGAAUGACACAAGGCAAUUGCCAACCAACCACUUUCAAUUGUGGAGCUCAAAUUCGCAGCAAGCUCUACCAAAUCCCCUUAUGUCGUCGCUUCAUUCAUUUACCUCUCCAAUGAGUUCUACUUCCAAAGUACUUCAUCUUCAGUCACAGAAUGAUGAUCAAAGACAACCGAACAAAGGCGGCAACACUGGUUUUUGAAACAUAUAUAUCUGUCUAUUCCUCUUUACAUAAUCAACAGCUUUGUUGGUACUACUAUAAAAUCAUAUGCGGUGACGUUCUUCGAAGCAUCAUCAUAGACUCAAUUGGUGCAAUACCAGUAAGCUGUGAGUGAAUCAAAUCAACGCGUGGGAAGAAUGAAGAACGAUCAAAAUAGCGGUUUUAUGGUAAGACACUAUUUCUUGUAUUUUUGUAUAUAGAAAUAAUCAUUAUAUUCAGCAGAUGGAACAUAUAAAAUACAUGUAGGAAGUUUGUUGACUGUUGUACUGUUAUAUAUAUAUAUAUAUAUAUUUCAUGCUUUGGUUUAA